AUGGAGAGGCUGGCGCGGCUGGAGGCGUCGUGGGCGGUGAGCUACGAGGCCAUCGCCGCGUCUGUCGCCCUCCUCUGGCUCGUGCUCGGCGUACUCUUCCUCGUCCUGCUGCAGGGCUUCAGCGUCCUGGAGGCGCUGUACCUGACAGCGCAGCUCGUCACGACGAUCGGCUACGGGGACGUGCCCGUCACUCCCAGCAUGGAGGGGUUCUUGAGCGUGUACAUGCUGGGCUGCAUCAUCCUGGUGGCGUUCGUACUCAGCAGAGCUGUCGAUGCCUGCACGAAGGUCUCCACGAGCCUCCUGCGGUCCAAGAUGAGGGCAGCGGAGCAGCGCAUGGGCCUGGCAAGCAACGACGAGGACGCGAUGGCGCGUUUUGGCCACCUCAAUGACCUGGCCUCUGGCACUUUGAUAUUCGCAUUCUUCCUUGUUGCUGGGUGCAUAUUUUACGCCAGCGUGGAGAGAUGCACGUGUGGCACACGCUGGGACAGAAUCCCUGGCUGCCAAGACGGGGAACAGUGCAAGGGCACUGGCGGUAGAAUUCUCACCAUCUGGAGUGCCCUUUACAUGAGCAUCGUGACGCUCACUACCUGUGGUUUUGGCGACCGAACCCCGCACACCACUGCGGGCAUCAUAUUCUCCCUUUUCUGGACCAUUGCCGGCGUUGGUGCAUGCGCUAAUUUUGUACGCGCGUGCACCAUGUUCUUCCUGCGGGCGUCUCACCGCCGAUCUUAUCAGCUCAAAGAGAGGAUAAACACGCAGCUCUUCAAAGAGAUGGACGUGACGAAGGACGGCAUGCUGUCCCGCGGCGAGUUCCUGCGGUACCUCCUGCUCAAGUACGAGCUGGUCGACCGCCAGGUCCUGGACGAGAUCGGCAGGCAGUAUGACCUCCUCGACCCCGAUGGCACAGACAGCGUCUCCUUUGGGGCCAUCCAGGCCAUGUACGCCGAGCAGGGCGUGCCCCAGACGCCGGCGGCGGACGCGGGGGAAGGCCCGCGCCCCCAGUUCUUCUACGACGCCACCGCUCCGUGA